AUGAAGCAGAAAAGAAAUCUAAGUCGACGUGAUGAAUUAAAUCGAGAACGAUCGAAAUUCGUAGAUACAUUUGAAGCUGUCUUCUUCGAUACUCGAGAAGGGGCUUGGUUUGAUUUAAACUUGAAAACUGGCGAGCAUUUCGAUGAUGCUUAUCCAUCUGUCGCAGUUCCUCUAUUCACUGAAUGCUAUCACGUAUUAAACAGUGGUAUGAUGGUUGACGUAUUGGAAACACUCCAGCGUAAAGGACUGCUCCAAUUUCCAGGUGGUAUACCAACAAGCCUAAUGAAAGGUACAAAUCAACAAUGGGAUUAUCCAAACGGUUGGGCGCCAAUAAAUCAUAUGAUAAUCGAAGGAUUACGUAAAUCCAACAAUCCAACCAUGCAACAACGUGCGUUUGAAAUCGCCAACAAAUGGAUUAAUCGUAAUUAUGCACUCUUUCAAAAAGAUCAUAAAAUGUGGGAAAAAUACGACGUCGCAAAAGAAUAUGUAAGAGCCGCUAAAGGUGGCGAAUAUGAAAAUCAAUAUGGCUUUGGCUGGACAAAUGGAGUGGUGCUUGACCUGUUGGUGACGUUCAGUAAACGAGCAAUUGUGAAACCAACUGGUGGUGUGACCGAUGUCCAUGCUAUGACACGAAAUGAGUUAUUAGUUGCUAAUAGAACUAUUUUGUCUCGAUAUUUGGAUAGUGGACAUUCAUCUGACUUAUUUUGGAUAUUUAUAAGGCAAACUUUACACCGAAUAUAUCUACAAUAG